GAUAAAAUCUCUGGUCCAAUUUCACGAACGUAGGUUUGCUCAUGUUUCCUUUCUUUGUGAACUUGUGUUUUUCUGCCUCCGCAAUGUCCCCCGCGUUUUUCUACAAGCGUGUUUCGUCAGUAAGGCUGGCUGAAGGUGCCAGGGUGUCCCCCCUCUCCAUGUGUGGUCCCUAAUGGGCGGCUGGUCUCGCAGUGCCGUGCUGGAGCUGUACCGGGCGCUGCUCCGUGCAGGGCGUCACCUUCAGUACACCGACCGCAACUACUAUCGCCGCGCUGUGGCUCGCGAGUUUCGCCGCUGCCAGGCUCUGACAGUACCUGAGGAUAAGGAGGACGCGCUGAAGAGGGGCCAGUUCUUCCUCAGCAGCCGACUGGGUGGGCUUAUGUAGCGGGGGAGAGGUUCACGGAUCACCUGGAGGCGGGUUAAAGGUCAUCUGGUGGUGUAUCUCCCAGUGCCAGGAUGGCGGGCGUGAACGGAGACCGCAAAGGGAAGAAAGAUGACAAUGGGAUCGGCACAGCCAUUGACUUCAUGCUCUCCAAUGCCAAGCUUGUGCUGGGAGUGGGAGGAGCAGCCAUGCUUGGCAUCGCAACACUAGCUGUCAAAAGAAUGUAUGACCGUGCCAUCAGUGCUCCCACCAGCCCCACCAAGAUGGAGCAGGGAGGAAAGAGAAGCUGGGAGGAGCCCGCCUGGAUGGGUUCAUCCCCGCGGGUUCUAAACCAUGACAUGAAGUCUACAGUUAGCAGGUCGCUGCAGUCUCUGCCCACUUCAUCGCAUGCUUUUGAACCAGACUGCCUGCGGAGGGCUGUGGGUCGAGCUGCUGUGGGGAGCAGCGGUGCCACUCAGUCGGACCUGAUGCGGGCCCGAAUGCGUCUGUCCCUGCAGGAACAUCUGUGGGAGUUCUACCAGUGUAACGUGAACAUCCCGGCCGAGGAGCAGGCUAUGGCCAGGAGGGCAGCGCUGGACAUCUGUGCUGAGCUCAGAGUGUUCCUGCACGCCAAACUGCCGGACAUGCCGCUCAGAGAGAUGUACCUGAGUGGCAGUCUGUAUGACGACCUACAGGUGGUGACAGCAGACCACGCCCAGCUCAUGGUGCCUCUCAUCCUGGAGAAGAACUUGUGGUCAUCCAUCCCUGGCGAGGACACCAUCAUGAAUGUCCCUGGUUUCUGGCUUGUCCGCAGGGAGAAUCUGGAGUACUUCCCACGGAACAGCAGCUACUGGGACCGCUGCAUGGUUGGAGGUUACCUCUCCCCAAAAUCGGUCCUGGAAGUCUUCGACAAGCUUGUGGCUGGCUCCAUCAACUGGCCAGCCAUAGGGAGCGUCCUCGACUACAUCAUCCGUCCCGUGGUUCCCUCGGAAACGCUGACCCUGGAGGUGCAGUACGAGACAGACCGGAAGCUGUACGUGGACUUCUUACCUCUACUUGUAAUGGAGGAUGGAACUUCGCUGAUUGCCAAACCUCAUCGACUCGCUGCAGAGCGCCAUGAAAAUCUGUGGCGGCAGAGUUUCAGAGUUGCUGAGACAGCACGACUCAGGGCCCUGGACCAAGAGGACGGGGGCUGCCGGUGCGCCUGCCUGAAGGUGGCGAAGGCUGUGUGCAAGCUGAACCCCGCCCUUACCCGACUCAACGCCAGCCAGCUCACCAACACCAUCUUGUUGCUGUGCGAAAAAGAAGGUGACUGGACCCAGGAAGCGCUGGCCGACCGCUUCCUUCAGCUGCUGCGGGCGUUAGUGGGACACCUAGAGGCCGGGAGGUUGCCAUGUGCCCUCAGCCCUAAAGUUAACUUAUUCUGUGAGCUGACUGAACAUGAGGUGGACGAGCUGGGGUAUACGCUCUACUGCGCCCUUUCAGAUCCCGAGGGGCUGCUGAGAACUGCCAUGGCACAGUCGGACCAUCCCUGACGUCCUCGCUUGUCACUGCACAGCAAUGUGGCUGAAACACACCCCUCUGUUUGUGGCGAACAGCGACCUCGAGCCAUGAUGACGUCUCUGGAAAUGAAAACAGUGCAUGAAAUCAUCCUCUCCUGGUCUCUUCAUCUUAAAUGUCUCUUGAUGAACACAGUAGCAGUAAAGAUCAAUGUGAGUCUUGACAUGAAAGUUGCAUAUGUGGGAUCAUACAAAUAGUCUUUUAAUCUCCGAAAGUGGCAGCCUGUUGGAGUGCGUGUGGCUCUCACUAAAGCCACUGUAUUAAUGAAGUUAAUGUUAUUAAUGCCUAGCACACUGGAUGGAGGGAUUGGACUCUGGUUGACUCAUAUCAGAAUGGAAGUGGAACACUUGAAAUCUUCGACAGAGUUAUGUACCUCUGUAUUGAAUUUAAGCUGUCUUAACAGGUGUCAGAGUUCUUGGAGGACAGACGUGUCCAAUGCAGCUCAGUGCCGUUUACUCUGUUUUGAGUUGGGUUCAUAUCGGGUGAGAGAAUGUGAAGUUGACUGUGUGAAGCUAAUAAAUCUUUUGAUCUGCCUGAGAGACUCAAAAUUCUUGAGGUAGAGACACAUACUAAAUCCUUCUCCAUGCCCCUGUUGUUGGCACUGACAUCAAACAGUGCCAGUUCAGUUUGAAAUCCAGGUCUUUGUCUGAGAACUUCAUUAAUACAGUGGCUGUGCUCAUGAUGUAAGCUUUACAUGUUUGCAGGGAUGUGUGAAAGCAAACAUUCCGCUGUGAUUGGAAUGUCUGCCGCCUGCAUGUGUUUAUCUAGAAAUCAAACCGAUGAAUAUACACCAGAGAUGUACGUCGAUGUCCAUUUUUAAUGUUUUCUAUAUCGCGCCAAUUUUAUUUACUGUUAUAUACAGGUUAGUGGAAAUGGCUCAACAAAGCGGCAUCACCAUCUUAUCAUCCACUUAUUUUGGCGUGACCGGAAAAUGUUUCCAUGUGACUGUCCAUGUCACACAGAGCCGCUCUUUGUUUGUCCCAAGCAGGAAGUUUUGCUUUCCCCAGGCUCACAUUUGUUGCUUUUUGUACACAGGUCGGAUUUGCUUUAACUCCUUUUUUUUUUUAAUCUCUGAAGACCUCCAUCACAGGUUACUUUGCACUGUUGAAAUGUUUAGUGUUCUGUUGUAGAUUUUGCGACAAGUGUGUCUCAGUGGGACAUUCUGAAAGUGUAUUUUGUCCACUGGUUUUUGCUUUAAUUUAAACUAUGAAACUCGUUCAACAUCAACUGUUUUUUUGUUUUUUUUUUUAAUUGUCCGCUGGCGCUAGUUUGUGCUGGAUCUAGUGAGAGGACCUUUCUCAGCCACCUGCAGGAGAAGGUUUUUGUCAUUUGGUGAAUUAGCCUCAGUGUUAACCUCGGGUCUUGGCCUGAUUUCAGUUACGGCCUGUUACUUCUGUAGUCCUGUAUUUGUGUGAGCACACUCUUAAGUCCACAUUAAACCCUGAUUAACUUGUAGUUGCCCUUCUGGACCAGUCUUACUAGAGUAGGUAGCUAGACAUGGAUUAGCGGUAUACAAUUAGGCCAUGUUAUCUGUCAAUUCUGACCCUUUACAUCAAGUAGGUGUAUGGCAAUGUUAUCAUCUAACCUGAAGGCAUGAUCACUACUUCUGCCCCGUCAGGUCUUCCUAUAUAAUAGAUUUCAGGUGCUAGUCCUUUAGAUUGUGAUCUGAUUGAGAGUGAUCCACUCACAGGUCUUCUGUUAUGUAAAAACAGCUUUGAUAGCCAAGGUAUCCCAUGACAUUGCAGGUGACAGCAGGUGGCGUCACUAAUACAAUAGCUGCCAGGUGGACAUUGUGUCUCAACUCUACACGUUG